GCCUGCAGCCACUCAUUGGCCUGGCCUUCACAACACAUCCAUGAUCCGACUCUCGGAACAACACUGCAGACUCUAGAAAAGGGGGGCCAUUGAAGCAAAAGAGACAGAGCUACAGCCGUAAUCUUGUCUCAUGACAAAUGACACAUAACCGUCCAGACGGAAAUCGCCCGCAAUGGCGCCGCCCGCAAAGCGACGCAAGCGCGCUAUCGCCGACGAUGAUUCCGACGACGACGAGCAGCUACAGAAGAACACCUUGAAGCGCUUCCUGUUCUCAUCCCCGGACAAGACCAGGUCCCCCGAGAAACCCCCAAUCCGCCAGCCAAACGACAGUGGAACUACGGAGCCGGCUGUCGUCGACUCGCCGAGCCCGCUUCGCAAGCGGACUGCUCGUGCCUUAGCAGCAGCGUCCAGACCCCCGGCGGCUCGAAGCCCGAGUACCAGCCCUAUCAAAGCCCGAACAAGAGCAGGGACACAAAGGAGGCGGAGAGCAGAAGAGGAGAAGGAAAAGGAGAAGAGCAGGUCCGGCGACCUGCUGACCUUGUUUUCGAAACAGGCACAACGCAGCCAGUCCUCCUUCUCGUCCACCAAUGGAGGGUCGUUCAACGCGAAUGGCCACGGGAAGGACCCUGCGCAUCUGAGCAGCGGCAAGCUCGACGACAUCAUCAGCGACCCAAUCUCGGAGAACAAUGGCGAAGAGGACGAUGACGAUGUGCCGCUUUUCCUAUCGUCAUCGGCUGCUGCAUCGAGCUUGGUUGGGAGAGCGCAGGCGGCGCAUAAGCGGUUUGCGGGAUCUGGCUCUACAUCACGGUCCGGGAGCGGGAAUGCGGUUGAAGGGACACAGCGAAGCGGCACGCAAGCAGUUGGCUCUGGUGGCGGGCAGAGAUUCUUGCGACAGCCGCGUCCAGCCGCUAUUAGCAAGGCAAGAUCGACCCAAGAUGACGACGACGACGCUCGCCCCUGGUCGGAGCGGUUCACGCCCGUAUCUCUUGAGGAGCUGGCGGUACACAAGCGCAAAGUCCAGGACGUGAGACGAUGGCUGGACGAGGUGUUUGCCGGGCGCAUGCGGCAGCGAUUGCUAGUAUUGAAGGGCCCGGCCGGUUCGGGGAAGACGACCACCUUGCGGUUACUAGCGAGGGAUAUGCGGUGCGAGGUGCUUGAGUGGAGGAACCCGGCAAACUCAUUUGGGGUCGCAGGGAGCGGUUACCAGUCGGCAGCAGCGCAGUUUGAGGAAUUCCUCGGCAGGGGAGGGAAGUUCGGGCAGCUGGACGUUGACUCUGAGGAGGCGAUGCCACCGCCACCUCCUCUUGCAACCGCUACUAGUGUAGCUGCACGUGCGGAGCGGAGGCUAAUAUUGGUGGAAGAGUUCCCGAACACGUUUAUGAGGUCAUCUACCGGGUUGAUGGGCUUCAGGAAUGCGAUCAUACAGUUCCUUGCGGCGAACACGCCAGCCCUCGCAGGCUUCGGAACUAGCUAUAUCACAGAUCCCAUCACGCCGAUAAUCAUGGUCAUCUCGGAGACCUUGCUCACUACCACAUCUGCGUCGGCGGACAGCUUCACCGCCCAUCGCUUGCUCGGACCGGAAAUCUUGCGGCACCCUGGAACCGGGGUGAUUGAAUUCAACCCUAUCGCACCAACCUUCCUGACAAAAGCGCUGGAAUUGGUGGUGCGGAAAGAGGCUCGCAAAUCAGGGAGGCGGCGAACCCCUGGCCCUCUUGUUCUCCAACGAUUAGCGGAGAUUGGCGAUAUCCGGAGCGCCGUCUCGUCCCUCGAAUUUCUGUGUGUCAAGAGCGAUGACGAGGCUGAUUGGGGUUCCAAGAUCCAGUUCACAAAAGCGAAACGAGGGUCGAAGGACGCCCCUGCGUUGACCAAGGGCGAGCAGGAGAGCCUGGAGCUGGUGUCAAGGCGGGAAGCAACGCUGGGGAUAUUCCACGCCGUCGGCAAAGUUGUUUACAACAAAAGGGGCGAUUACCCCUCCGGGUCUGCUGAAGCGGCAGCGGAGAUUUUACCUGAUUACAUGGCGCAUCUCUCUCGCCCGAAGCGUUCGGAAGUCUCCGUCGACACGCUCAUCGACGAGAUAGGCACUGAUACCCACACUUUCAUCUCCGCCCUCCACGAGAAUUAUGCCCUAUCCUGCGAGCAGAGCAGUCCGCUCGACCCCAACUCCUCGCUAGACUACAUCAACGGAUGCCUCGACUACCUCUCGGAGAGCGACCUUCUUUAUCCCUCCUGGGACAUCUUCUUCGGCGGCAAGGGGUUUGGCGGGGGCUACGUGGGUAAAGACUCAGGCAGCCACAUCCUGCGGCAGGAUGAGAUGGCGUUCCAGGUGGCCGUGCGGGGGCUCCUGUUUUCGCUACCGUCGCCAGUGAAACGGCAGACGCAUCCGACAGGGCGUGGCGGCGACACUUACAAAAUGUUCUACCCGACCUACCUGAAAUUGUGGCGGAGCAAAGAGGAGUUGGAGGGGUUGGUUGACAUGUGGGCCACUGCAUUGCUGAAGGGAGAGGAUUGCGGUCUUGGACCGCCGGCACAAUCACAGGGGUUUGCCAAGAACGGACCAUCUGCGUUUCGCAAGCCGGUGGCGGUGGGUAAUAAUGUGUUUGCUGAUAGCCAGAUUUCACCGCCAGCGCGUCAGGCGGUCAAUUCCAGGGCACAUACACCUACGGCUGCUGCCCCGCCGCUCCUCUCGCUUGGCGAUGCUGCACGCCAGGAGCUGCUUCUCGAGCGGCUGCCGUACAUGGCUCACAUCGCUCGUCAGCGACGAUGUUCGUUUGGACCGAUGCGGGUCAAGGAUCUCGAGCGGAUUGUGUCUUUCCAAGGCAUCAACUCGGUGGGAGCAGACGAGGAGGAGGGAGAGGAGGGAGCAGACGAAGAAAGCGGCAACGCCCUGGCCGCGGCUGAAUCAUGGGCCACAGAUAAACCUAUCGAGGAGGGUACACCGCGGAAAAGGAGAGGCCUGGGCGCAAUCCUGAACGGCCGGACGGGAAAGGGAAAAAGCGAAGGGGAGGAGCUAUCGAGCCUGCCAAUGCAGAGCCUUGUGAUUAGUGACGAUGAUAUCGAGGACGACUAGAGGUGUUUCAUAGAUGGCAGAGAGAAAGCUCAGGAAACGCGCGGCAAUGGUGUGGCGUUGUUGUAUUAUGUAUUAUAUAGGAUGAGCAUCUCGGGUUUGGGAGCGCAUGCUUGAGUCUUGGCUUUGUAUCAAUGGAUGGGCGGUAUAGAUUUGCAGAACAUAUCAUGAUGGGUAGGUUCCCGCAAAGUAGAAAAUGCUUCUUGAUAAUAAGGUCCGUUGACACCUCUGUCACUUCAUGAAACCGAAGGGUCUUGAGGUUGAAACGGAACCGCUGAAUGUGCGGAACGGGUCCUCGCC